AUGUCCCAAAUACAUGCCCGAAGGUAAUCAGAGGGAGUGAAUCCAUCACUUUCAGGUAAAUACGACGAGGCAGCUGAUGUUGAUUCCAACAAAAGGUUUUGCAGAGUAUUUUGAACAGUGGAAGAAAUGCUGGGAGAACUGUGUGACGUCCCAAGGUGCCUACUUUAAAGGGCACUGAGGGGUCAUUGUCCUAUGUACAAUUUUUUUGAAUCUUGUAAUUUACUAAAUUAAGAAUUGUUCAUAUUAAAUUUCAAUUUUAAAGCCAAAUUAGCUGCAUUGCAAAAAAUAACCUUCAAGACAGCAAAACCUAAAAUUUGUCUAUGUUGGCUUUAAUUUGAAAUUCACUUUGAAUUCUUGACAAUUCUCACUUAAAUGGGUCAUUAUCAAGACUACUGUCAACCCAUAAACGUGCAUAUUUAUAAGAAAAAAAAACAUACCAUAAUAAUUACCCUUCCCAAUAAAAGCAUUUAAACCCCGUGACUACUGUAUAUCAGGACCUAGAACUGACGUAUACGAAACCAGAACCCGUGUGAUAGGGCGCACCAUGUGAUGUGUGGAAAUGUGCAUAUAGCAGUUGCUAUGACGACUAAUGUACCAAUGUAAAUCCGUGAUACCAAGGUGUGAACCAAGUGAAAGAUCUCAAAUAAAUAUGCAAUUAUACAUGCAAUAUUCCAAACAUGGAGAAAAACAUUUACAUAAACACAAUGAUCAUCAAAGGCAAACACCUGAAUAGGAUGUACCACAUGAUAUACAAGAAUGUGAAUGCAACGGUUGCUAUGGCGACCUACAUACCAGCGAGAGUCUGUGAUUACCAAGUAUUAAAUACGUACAAUAGAAACCACCGUAAUCGUAUAAAUUUGUGUAUAUGCAAUAUCCUAGACAUGAAGAAAAAUGCACAUAAACAUGAUAACCAUAAAAGGGAGAAUCACUAUUAUCUGAAUAAGGCAAACACCCUUAUUCUAAAACGUAUAAUAAAAUAAUAAUUGACAGUUUUGGAUAGUGUUUACCAUUAUUAUAUUUGACCUUUUUUUUUUUUUAGAAUACUUCAUGUACAAUUGCAUAUUUCUUAAUAUCUUUCACUUAGUUCAAGCUUUGAUAUCACUGAUUUACAUUGGUACGUAGGCCAUCAUACCAACUGUUGUAUGUCUGUUUCCACACAUUACAUGGCGGGUCCUAUAAUGCUUUUUUUUUUAUUGGAGAUAUCACGUCCGAGUCCAGAUACAUGGUAAUAACAGGAGUUUGAAUGUUUCAGUUGGUAUGUGCACUUAUUUUACUCUGUUAUUUUUCUUGUAAAUAUGUAUGUUUUGGGUUGGAAAUUGUCUUGAUAAUGACCCAGUAUGGUCAAAACGUUAAACUGAAUGCUUGUUUCAUAUAUCAUGUUUGAAUUGUCACACAAUAAUCACGUUUUGGGAUACUUGUGAGUGCUACCAUUAUUAGAUAUUAUACAUACCCGUGUACCUUUGUGUGAAUGUGUGUAUAACUGUAAGUGCCUGUGUGUGUCUGUCUGUGUGCCUAUAAUCUUUUCGUAUCGGCCUGUGCAUGCCUGACGGUAUGUCGAUGUCUCGCUUUGUGUGUGACUGAGUUGUGCAUGUCUGUGUGUAUGUAAAUAACAGUGAGUGUGCAAAGAGGCGUGUUGGGUAGGGGCCAGGUGUGGUCACCAAUUUAUUUUUUUGGGUUCAAGCCCCGGGUGUUUUUUGACCAUAGCUUUGAACUUGAGUAACUGACAAUAAAGAUACAUAUGCAGAUCAUUAGAAACUCACUUACAUCGCAUGCUGCACAAACUUUAAAAUGUCUAAUAAGCCACAAACCAGUCACACACAAUAAUACUCAUAUACCAGGUCACCAACACAGAGUCACAUUCAACUCACAUAGAGGACACAAACGAUAAGACUCGCAACAAGGACUCAGAUAAAAAUAUGUCCUUGCAUUAACAUACAAGGAUUCACAAAAAGGUCACACACAGAUGUACAUAGUAUUCUAAACACAGAUCUAUCUAAAUAGCAGACACUCACCGAUACACAAGGAUGCACGUUCUCAUAAUUACAAAAAGACACGUUCAUGUGUAAUUUAUCUUCAUUUUGUCCAUUUCCUGUCCUUGCUACACACCAUUCUUGGUGGUGCAGAGGGAAGGAGAGGGGCUACAGAGUUUCCUGUACCUAGUGCCUAGGUUCUGUGUACAAGUGCCAAGAAAGGCUAGUGAAAUAGCUCAGUGGGUGAAAUAGCUCAGUGGGCUAAUGCAACAGCAAAAUCUGUUCUAACCCCUUCAUCCUUCUGAGGUAGAUAAAAUGAGUACCAUUAAAUUGGGUGAUAGUAACAACCCCUGGAUGUUGGGCUAAGGUAACAUCCCCAGGACAUACUUGGAAACCAGAGCAAUCUGAAUGUACCUUUCCUGGUUAAACACUUUGUUAUUAUUAUUACCUUAAAUGCCAGCACCCACUUCCUAUUGAGUGAAUGUGUUACAGGGGUCUUAUCCACAUCCUCACCAGAAACAUUAACAGGUGCCAGGGCAGUUACACAUCUUGGGAGGUUGCCACAUAAUGUUAAAAAAAUUAAACAAAUAAUACAAUGUAUGACUUGUUAAUAGUGGCAUUUUAGCAUCCAUAUCCAUGCUUCCUAGGUCCACCUGACCCACUGAAACCCCUUUUUGGGCAGCCUUGCUAGUUGUAUCAAGCAUUCAUAAUAUAAACUGUUACAAAGAGAUAUGAGCUAUAUUCAACUCUCACGUACUAUUGAACUGCUGAGUGUAAAUAGUCAUAUUGAAUCUUUACAGUGUCAUUUUCUCCCUACCCCCACAAUUGAAACCCUUGCAAGAUCACAGUGGGGUUUACUAAACAGGGAAUUGUGGCAAACUGGUCAUAGUACUAAACGGUCGAAAUGGUCGUUUAGGCAAAUAUUGUGACUGGUGUCUUUCAAACCAUCCAUACAGCAAUUUAAAGGGACACUAUAGUCACCUGAACAACUUUAGCUUAAUGAAGCAGUUUUGCUGUAUAGAACAUGCCCCUGCAGCCUCACUGCUCAAUCCUCUGCCAUUUAGGAGUUAAAUCCCUUUGUUUAUGAACCCUAGUCACACCUCCCUGCAUGUGACUUGCACAGCCUUCCAUAAACACUUCCUGUAAAGAGAGCCCUAUUUAGGCUUUCUUUAUUGCAAGUUCCGUUUAAUUAAGAUUUUCUUAUCCCCUGCUAUGUUAAUAGCUUGCUAGACCCUGCAAGAGCCUCCUGUAUGUGAUUAAAGUUCAAUUUAGAUAUUGAGAUACAAUUAUUUAAGGUAAAUUACAUCUGUUUGAAAGUGAAACCAGUUUUUUUUUUCACGCAGGCUCUGUCAAUCAUAGCCAGGGGAGGUGUGGCUAGGGCUGCAUAAACAGAAACAAAGUGAUUUAACUCCUAAAUGACAGUGAAUUGAGCAGUGAAAUUGCAGGGGAAUGAUCUAUAUACUAAAACUGCUUUAUUUAGCUAAAGUAAUUUAGGUGACUUAGUGUUCCUUUAAUUGUUUUAAAACGGAUAUUAAAAUUUUUUAGCCAAUCGAGUUAAAAAUAACAGUAAUCUGUUGGGAUUAUUUUGGUUUUGUCAUCUUUGUCUACUUGUCUCUUUUUAAUGUGUCUAUAUUUGAAUUUGUAAUAAGCAUAAAAUAUGCAGAUGUUUAUGUAUAUUAUGGAUUUAAAUUGAGGUAGAGAAUUGUGAAUUCAAAUUUAUUCAUGAUGUAUUACAUAACUGAAUGUGCAUCCAGCACCAAAGUGCAUACAGUCAGAGUGAGAGCGGCGCAGUGCGCACAGUCGGCGGGAGCGGCGCAGUGCGCACAGUCAGAGGGAGCGGCGCAGUGCGCACAGUCAGAGGGAGCGGCGCAGUGUGCACAGUCAGAGGGAGCGGUGCAGUGCGCACAGUCAGAGGGAGCGGCGCAGUGCAUACAAUCAGAGGGAGCCUGGGAGAGCAGCACAGUGCAUACAGUCAGUGGUAGCAUGGGAGAGCAGCACAGUGCAUACAGUCAGUGGUAGAAUGGGAGAGCAGCACAGUGCAUACAGUCAGGGGAAGCAUGGGAGAGCAGCACAGUGCAUACAGUCAGUGGAAGCAUGGGAGAGCAGCACAGUGCAUACAGUCAGGGGAAGCAUGGGAGAGUAGCACAGUGCAUACAGUCAGGGGAAGUCACAGUGCAUACAGUCAGGGGAAGUCACAGUGCAUACAUUAAGAGAGAGCAGCACAGUGCAUACAUUCAGAGAGAGCAGCACAGUGCAUACAGUCAGAGACAGCAGCAAAAUCAGAGAGAGCCUGGGAUAGCAGCGCAGUGCAUACAGUCAGAGAGAGCUGCACAGUGCAUACAGUCAGUUGGAGCCUGGGAGAGCAGCACAGUGUAUACAGUCAGAAGGAGCAUGGGAGAGCAGCACAGUGCAUACAGUCAGUGGUAGCAUGGGAGAGCAGCACAGUGCAUACAGUCAGUGGUAGCAUGGGAGAGCAGCACAGUGCAUACAGUCAGGGGAAGUCACAGUGCAUACAUUAAGAGAGAGCAGCACAGUGCAUACAUUCAGAGAUAGCAGCACAGUGCAUACAUUCAGAGAAAGCAGCACAGUGCAUACAUUCAGAGAAAGCAGCACAGUGCAUACAUUCAGAGAAAGCAGCAAAAUCAGAGAGAGCCUGGGAUAGCAGCGCAGUGCAUACAGUCAGAGAGAGCUGCACAUUGCAUACAGUCAGUUGGAGCCUGGGAGAGCAGCACAGUGCAUACAGUAAGAGGGAGCCUGGGAGAGCAGCACAGUGCAUACAGUCAGAGGGAGCCUGGGAGAGCAGCACAGUGCAUACAGUCAGAGGGAGCCUGAGAGCGCAGCACAGUGCAUACAGUCAGAGGGAGCCUGGGAGAGCAGCACAGAGCAUACAGUCAGAGGGAGCCUGGGAGAGCAGCACAGAGCAUACAGUCAGAGGGAGCCUGGGAGAGCAGCACAGUGCAUACAGUCAGAGGGAGCCUGGGAGAGCAGCACAGUGCAUACAAUCAGAGGGAGCCUGGGAGAGCAGCACAGUGCAUACAGCCAGAGGGAGUCUGGGACAGCAGCACAGUGCAUACAGUCAGAGGGAGUCUGGGAGAGCAGCACAGUGCAUACAGUCAGAGGGAGCCUGGGAGAGCAGCACAGUGCAUACAGGCAGAGAGAGCCUGGGAGAGCAGCACAUUGCAUACAGUCAGAGGGAGCCUGGGAGAGCAGUACAGUGCAUACAGGCAGAGAGAGCCUGGCAGAGCAGCACAGUGCAUAUCGGCAGAGAGAGCCUGGGAGAGCAGCACAGUGCAUACAGUCAGAGAGAGCAGCACAGUGCAUACAGUCAGAGAGAGCCUGGGAGAGCAGCACAGUGUAUACAGUCAGAGGGAGCCUGGGAGCGCAGCACAGUGCAUACAGUCAGGGGAAGCCUGGGAGAGCAGCACAGUGCAUACAGUCAGAGAGCCUGGGAGAGCAGCACAGUGCACACAGUCAGAGGGAGCCUGGGAGAGCAGCACAGUGCACACAGUCAGAGGGAGCCUAGAGAGCAGCAAUAGAGCAUGGGCAGUCAGAGGGAGCCGAGAGCAGCACAGAGCAUACAGUCAGGAGAGGAGCCUGGAAGUAGCAGCACAGUGCAUACAGUCAGAGAGGGCAGUACAGUGCAUGUUGUGUCAGAGAGAGCCUGGGAGAGGAAAAAGUACAGUGUAUACAGUCAGAGGAGUUUGGGAUGUGCACAGUGCAUACAGUCAGAGGGGAGUCUGGGAGAGCAGCACAGUGCAUAAGCAGUCAGAGGGGGGCAGCAUGAAAAAGGCAGUCAGAGAGCCUGGGAGUGCACAGUGGCAGUCAGAGGGGAUUGGGAGCGCAGCACAGUGCAUAGUCAGAGGGAGCCUGGGAGAGCAGCACAGAGCAUACAGUCAGAGGGAGCCUGGGAGAGCAGCACAAAGCAUACAGUCAGAGGGAUCCUGAGAGCGCAGCACAGUGCAUACAGUCAGAGGGAGCCUGGGAGAGCAGCACAGUGCAUACAGUCAGAGAGAGCCUGGGAGAGCAGCACAGUGCAUACAGUCAGAGAGAGCCUGGGAGAGCAGCACAGUGCAUACAGUCAGAGAGAGCAGCACAGUGCAUACAGUCAGAGAGAGCCUGGGAGAGCAGCACAGUGCAUACAGUCAGAGAGAGCAGCACAGUGCAUACAGUCAGAGAGAGCCUGGGAGAGCAGCACAGUGCAUACAGUCAGGGGGAGCCUGGGAGAGCAGCACAGAGUAUACAGUCAGAGGAAGUCACAGUGUAUACAGUCAGAGGAAGUCACAGUGCAUACAGUCAGAGGGAGCCUGGGAGCGCAGCACAGUGCAUACAGUCAGAGGGAGCCUGGGAGAGCAGCACAGUGUAUACAGUCAGAGGAAGUCACAGUGUAUACAGUCAGAGGAAGUCACAGUGCAUACAGUCAGAGGGAGCCUGGGAGAGCAGCACAGAGUAUACAGUCAGGGGAAGUCACAGUGCAUACAGUCAGAGGGAGCCUGGGAGAGCAGCACAGUGCAUACAGUCAGAGGGAGCCUGAGAGCGCAGCACAGUGCAUACAGUCAGAGGGAGCCUGGGAGAGCAGCACAGUGCAUACAGUCAGAGGGAGCCUGAGAGCGCAGCACAGUGCAUACAGUCAGAGGGAGCCUGGGAGAGCAGCACAGAGCAUACAGUCAGAGGGAGCCUGGGAGAGCAGCACAGAGCAUACAGUCAGAGGGAGCCUGGGAGAGCAGCACAGUGCAUACAGGCAGAGAGAGCCUGGGAGAGCAGCACAGUGCAUACAGUCAGAGGGAGCCUGGGAGAGCAGCACAGUGCAUACAGUCAGAGGGAGCCUGGGAGAGCAGCACAGUGCAUACAGUCAGAGGGAGCCUGGGAGAGCAGCACAGUGCAUACAGUCAGAGAGAGCUGCACAUUGCAUACAGUCAGUUGGAGCCUGGGAGAGCAGCACAGUGCAUACAGUAAGAGGGAGCCUGGGAGAGCAGCACAGUGUAUACAGUCAGAGGGAUCCUGGGAGAGCAGCACAGUGUAUACAGUCAGAGGGAGUCUGGGAGAGCAGCACAGAGCAUACAGUCAGAGGGAGCCUGGGAGAGCAGCACAGUGCAUACAGUCAGAGGGAGCCUGGGAGAGCAGCACAGUGCAUACAGUCAGAGGGAGCCUGGGAGAGCAGCACAGUGCAUACAAUCAGAGGGAGCCUGGGAGAGCAGCACAGUGCAUACAGCCAGAGGGAGUCUGGGACAGCAGCACAGUGCAUACAGUCAGAGGGAGUCUGGGAGAGCAGCACAGUGCAUACAGUCAGAGGGAGCCUGGGAGAGCAGCACAGUGCAUACAGGCAGAGAGAGCCUGGGAGAGCAGCACAUUGCAUACAGUCAGAGGGAGCCUGGGAGAGCAGUACAGUGCAUACAGGCAGAGAGAGCCUGGCAGAGCAGCACAGUGCAUAUCGGCAGAGAGAGCCUGGGAGAGCAGCACAGUGCAUACAGUCAGAGAGAGCAGCACAGUGCAUACAGUCAGAGAGAGCCUGGGAGAGCAGCACAGUGUAUACAGUCAGAGGGAGCCUGGUAGAAACGCUGUAGUACAUACAGUCAGAGAAACUGCCACAGUGCAUACAGUCAGAGAGAGCCUGGGAAGCAGCACAGUGCACAGUCAGAGAGGAACACAGGGCGCCAUACGGUACGCCACAGUCAGAGAGCCUAGGAGAGCAGCACAGAGCACGCGCCAGUCAGAGAGCCUACACGAGAGCAGCACAGAAACGCCACAGUCAGAAAGCCUGGAAAAGAAACAGCACAGUACGCCACAAUCCAAGAAAACGCACAGUACGCCACAAUCAGAAAGCCUAGGGAAACGCUUUAGUGCCACAGUCGAAGAGAGCCUGGGGCGCAGCACAGGCACGCCUACAGUCAGAAGAGCCUAGGAAGGGAAGCACAGAGCAGCACAGUCAGAGAGCCUACGAGAGCACAGUGCAUACAGUCAGAGGGAGCCUGGGAGAGCAGCACAGUGCAUACAGUCAGAGAGAGCAGCACAGUGCAUACAGUCAGAGGGAGCCUGGGAGAGCAGCACAGUGCAUACAGUCAGAGGGAGCCUGGGAGAGCAGCACAGUGCAUACAGUCAGAGGGAGCCUGGGAGAGCAGCACAGUGCACACAGUCAGAGGGAGCCUGGGAGAGCAGCAUAGUGCAUACAGUCAGAGGGAGCCUGGGAGAGCAGCACAGUGCAUACAGUCAGAGGGAGCCUGGGAGAGCAGCACAGUGCAUACAGUCAGAGAGAGCCUGGGAGAGCAGCACAGUGCAUACAGUCAGAGGAAGUCACAGUGCAUACAGUCAGAGAGAGCCUGGAAGGGCACACUGCAUACAGUCAGAGGGAGCCUGAGAGCGCAGCACAGUGCACACAGUCAGGGGAAGUCACAUUGCAUGCAGUCUGCUGUUGCUGCCUGGGACCGGAAGCGGAAGUGACGCUGUGCAGUCAGUGGAGGAGAGUUGUGUGAGCACAGAAAGGGCUGCAUUGAAGAUUCCCGGGAACUGUGAGUGGAUCUGCCCGAGCCUGCAGCCAGUGUACCCAGCACUGUGCACCCAGCGCCGUGCACACCCCGGGCUCUGUGACUCCCUGCAGCUCUGCCAGGUAUGUGGGCAGCCAGCAGCCAGCACUGCUCACCCAGGCAGAGGGACAGAGAGCUCUGUGUUUAUAGAGAAUUAGUGAAUCCAACAUGGCAGGGUGUCUGUAAAUCCUGGCUGUCAUUAUACUAUCACUAUACACUGCCAUAUGGGCUGGCUGGCUGGCUGGCUGUCUGUAAAAUAUAUAGAAAAUCAGACCGCCCAUUAUUAUUAUUAUUAUUAUUAUUAUUAAUUCACAGAUACAGGACAGUAUAAAAAAAAAAUGUAAAAUCGAUUUUCCUUUAAUUUUCUUUAUUAUGUAAAAUAGGUAAAAUGUGACAGGGUUAUUAUUGCAAAUUCAAAUUGAAUGGCAAAUUUAAGGCCAAAUAAAAAUAAAAUCUAAAAGUCAGCAAAAACCUUUUUUUUGUUGUUGUCUAUUUUGGCUUAAAUUUGAAAUUAACUUUUGAUUUUGACAAUUUUUUACGUAAAUAAAUAACCCAGGAUUUAAAUUUAAGGCCAGAGUAGCCAACUGAAAGCACGGCUGACUUAGAGAAUUUUUGCAGUUUGACUAUUUUGACCUUUAAAUUUGAAAUUCACUUUAAAUUCUCACGUUGCUCAAUAAUCCUGUGUGUGGCAAUAUACCAACAUACAAAAGUAUAGUAUAAAGGGGUUACUCCAAACACUAUGACCACUUCAAAUCACUGAAGUCUGUAUGUGCAGUGUUGUGCUAUGAAAUACUGCACCUAUGGAGUUUAACCCCUAUGCUGCAGGUGGUGUAACUCCACCUCUGUUUGUGUCAUUGUGGUGUCAUUAGCCAGCCCGCAAAAUGAGUUACAACUGGCUAGUGUCCAUUCUGUGCAUACCUAUAUGUCCAUACAUGUGCAUAUUCCUAUUCAUUGGCUGAGAGUGGACAGCUAAUGCUUUCAGCAAAUGAAUGGCCUGUGGGAUCGACAUCUGGCUUCUGCAGCUCUGCAGAAACCAAACGUCAUCAUUGGCCACAGGAAGACCGUCUGCGCUAAGUGGGCAAACCAUUGCAAAACGGUUUGCCCCAUUACUGGAUACUCCUAAGCAUUACAACAGGCUAUAAUGCUUAUGAUGCUUGAAGCAACUUUUAUCGCCAGUAGGGCAUGCUAUGCCGUCCAGGCAGUUAGCCUCGACUCUCUUAUGUAUAUGUUAACGUGAUUGCAGUCCAUAUAUAUAUAUAUAUAUAUAUAUAAGUCUAGGCGAACGCCUUGGUUUUGCACCCCUCCCUGUCACAGGUGCCUCAUUCCAAAACACUAUUUAACAUUGCCCUGCAGAGAGUCCCAGGAGGAAGCAUUUCCCAAGUAAGUGCAUUUAUCUUUAUAAGCGCAAGCAUUAGGCUGCUAGAGUAGGACCUAUCAGGAAUGGGGUACAUUAAUGUUGUGGCAGGCCUAUGCAAUUAUGAUCAUAUAUUGUAACUAAAUCCCAUUAUUUUUUGCAUAGAUGAGGUGGUUUUAUAUACAACUAUUACAUUCUGCAAGACUUUGCUGUUUAGUGAAUGAGUGAGUGCGUUGGGUUUUGUAUGUUGUAUGAAUUGACCCCAGCAGCAACCUAUAAUGUAUGCAUGUUCAGGUGAGUGCAGCCUUCUUAGUAAAAAGCUUUUAUUUGUAUAUUUAUGUAUUAUUUGUAUUAUUUUCUACAUAAUUAUGUGAAUUUAUUAUUUCUAUAUUUAGGAAUCUGCCUGAAAACCCAGGCAGAAAUUCCAGUGAAUUUAAUUUGUGAAGCCCCAUAUUUUACCUAUAACUUUCCAAAAUUCCAUAACACAUGUUCAGGGGAGGGUACUGUUUUAUUUGUCAGACAUUUCUGGGCUGCCAUACUGUUUCAAAGUAAACAUGGGCCCAACUAGCCAAUCUGGCAAAUUCCAUUUGUAAAAACUGAAAUGGUCAAGCUCCAAAACACAGUGAAAUCUGAACAUGGGGGGUAUCAUUGUACUGAGGGUACAUCACAGCAUACAAAUGUGUGUUUUAUUGCAGUAAAUGCUAAGUGUCAUGACAUUCAUCCCAGCCAGAACUUGGAAAAUAACAUUUCUUAAUUUCUCACACUUUUGUUUCUAGAUUUUAUUUAUACUAAACUGUGUUCCAAAUAUAAAUAUUUGAUGUGAAAUGAAAGCCGGUUAUCUCCUGAACAAAAUCAUAUAUAAUAAGUGUGGGUACACUUAAUAUGAAAGAGGUAAAUUAUGGAUGAACAAACAUACAGCUCAAACACUAGUUUUUAUUUUGAUCAGAACUUUAAUUUUGUAAAAUAAACUCUCUCUGCACUGGUGACCUCUCCUCCCCCUGCCGACGUCCGCUCCCUAGUGGAGCCGAAUGCACAUGCGCUGCCGGAGGCCAUUCAAGCCCCCCAUAGGAAAAAAAUUACUCAAUGCUUUCCUAUGUGAGGUCGUCCAGCUUCAAAUAAGUGCGAUUUACUCACUGAGAAUCGCGGAAGUGGCCUCUGUCGCCUGUCAGGGAGACAGUCACUAGAGGCUGGAUUAACCCCCAAUGUAAACAUGUUUUCAGCUCCAGGGUUAAAAGUAGGGGGAACUGGCACUCAGACCACUUCAUUGGGCUGAAGUUGUCUGGGUGCCUAUAGGGGUCCUUUAAACAUACUUAAAGCAAACCCAAUUGUUUUGGUCUCCAAGGACCUACAAGAUAGCAUGAGUGACCUCCCUCUUCUUUUCUUCCCUCGUGUGGAUGGUGGAAAGAACCAUUUGGAAAUAAAUUUAGUCAGUUCCCCAGAACACACCUUAGUUUGGAAGGCCUGGCAGAAUGGCCCCUCCACUCUCACAGCAUGCUUGGCAGUGUGAGACUUCCACGUUCCCUGCUUCCUCUGUGGGUCGGGGAGAGAGAAAUUAAUGCCAAGUUUCUCACUUUUCCCUCUACUCAAUAAACUCCUGAUUUUGAGUAAAGAAAUUGGGGUAUAUAGUCCCCGCAGCUAUGAUGGUCAUUACCUUUGCUGGGAUCCUGCUAUUCCUAAUUAGUGGUUUGGGGAUUAAAAUACUAAUAAGAUGGGAUCCCUCCUUUCCCUUUCACUUGCUGUGUAGCUACGAAAGGGUUAAAGUUAUUUACCUGCCUCCCUAUACGCACAUCCCUUGUGAUGGAAUUAAUGGGAGUGUGUCUGCCCACAUGCCUCCCCCAAAUAUACCUGCCGGUGAGUAACUGCAGGUUAAUGUUCAACCUCCUGUUAUUAAUGUGGUUGACAUCCUUCCCAGGUAAAGUAUUCAGUGGAAUGCCCAUUCUCCUUACUUGACCUUAAAUAAUAUAUAUAGAAAAAAUAAGCCCAAUUUUGUCCUGUGCACUUAUGUAGGGUAUAUCCAGCUGUAACUGUUUUUUUCCCCUGUUAAUUAUAGUAAACUAACGCUUAGCUAUAUGUUUGUUGACGGUUAUUUUGCUAGGUCGCAUUGGAAGGCAAGUGGUUAUUGUCAAAGAAGGACCUUAAUCUGGAGUCGGGGAUCAACUGACCAUCAUGAGCCCAGUAGUCAAGGGAAAGGGAAUGUUGCUCCACAAGAAAGAUAAAUUUGGAUUUUUCCGUGGAAAAGAUGGAAAAGAGAAAAAAAGGGGACGAGGGAGACCGUGUGGGAGCACAAAUAAAAAUAAAAUGGUAAGAAUGCUGUGAAUUGCAGAGAGUUGUCAUAAAGACACAGAUGUUGAAGGCAGGACACUUGACCACUGGUGAAAAUUGCAGAAGAAGAGUGCAAGUGUUAUACAAAAGGAUAAGAAUAUAUACCUGAAUGUAUAUUGUAUUGUAAAUAUUCCAUCAAGAUUACAUGUGACCCGCAGUAUGUUUACAGUAUUUAAAGGGACCUGUUUUGACAUUUCUACAGCCUUCUUUUGGCUGAGCUUUGCUCAUAGUAAGAAGCAUGGGGAAAAAAAUCUCAAUUCAGAAAGUUUUGGUGGAAGAGCAAAAUGACAUGGACAGCUCUGCCCUCCACCCCAUCGAUCACUUCAUUUUGUUUCACAAUUUAUAUUGAGGAAGAAAAUGUGCAGUAGAUGUAAAUACUAUAUUGACAAUAUAUUGCGUAUUAACAUAAAUGACAAAACAUAGUCACACUUACUUCAUCCACGCCCCGCAAACCUUUCUUGGUCCCUCCACUGUCUUCUUACCCAGUUAUUUGAAUAAUUUUAGAAUAUUUUGUGGAAUUAAGUUGCAGUCUGCCAAAUAUGGCUACCUCGUUUGAGUUGGUGAAAUUGACCUUAAGGAGGGCUUCCUAAUAAUCACUAAGCUAUAUCCAGAAUAAGCAAAUCUUAUAACAAAUCAUCUAAAUGUCCUCUUCUUCUAUAUUUAAAAAGCAUAGGCGCCAUUUGUGUGGGCCAGAGAAAUGUGAAUUAUAGUCAGGGGUCGGUCAUAGUACAUUGUGUAUUGAACUAGGGGGAUAGUGCUCUGACUAUUCCUAUUCAGUAAACAAAUGAUGGGAUUGGAACAAUCAUUGUCACGUAAUACGAGGAAGAAUAGUAUCAAUGAAACUCUGAAUUUGUGGAUAGUAAAGUAAAAUUAUCAGAACAAGAAAUGUGUUUUAUGGUUGUGUUUAUAUCUGAAAUGUUUAGAAAAUCCUCCACUCAUGAAAGACCCUGGCCACUUCAGGAUGUGUAUGGGUAUUGUGCCCCCCCCCAUUUUGAAAGAGCAAAUUUUCAGUGAGCAAAAUGUAGACAGAACAUAUUAGAAAGUUUGCCAUCCAACUUCUUUAUAUGAAUGGGCAGUGUGAAAAAGACAAAGUAAGAGAACCCCAAUAUUUCCUUAGUUUUUCUAUAUCAGACAGAAUUCUAUUAUGUUCUCCAAGUGCAACAUCAUCAUGUUUAGGGAUAUAUAUUUCUAAAUAUAUGAGAUGAGAUGAUUCCCAAUAGAGACCAUGCUAAGUGGGAGAGUGAUGUUUAGUUUCCAGUCCUGUGAUUAGAUAUCUACCAGUUUGCAGUCUGCAAAGAGAUCUGGUGCUGAAGAGAACAAUGGAGAUAAAGAACAACCCCUGCAUAACCCUUGCACAAUCAUAAUUGGGCAAUUUAAAUCCCUAUAUUAAAACAUUAAAGGAUUAUUCAAACCAAAAAAAACCCAGUAUUUUUGAGUAGUUAGAGUAACUCUUACUGUGCUGGUAUGUCAUCCCACCAAAAAAAAACAACUAAAAUUUACCUCGAUCCAGCACCAAGGCCAUGUUUUUAGUGCCUACAUGCUGUGGUGCUGGUGUCGGAUGCCAUAUUUGCAUUUUAGCCACCUGGAAUGGUUGUUCGGCUGGCUAAUGAUGCCCAAUGACUUGGCCAUUUACUCCUCCAGCAUCUGAGGGGUUAAACUAUGUAUACAUACAACUCGGUGUGUCAUAGUCAAUACUGCACAUAACAACUCCAGGCACCUUGAUCACUUCAAAUAAGUGAAGUGAUCAUUGUGCUUAGAGUAACCAUCUGUUGUAGAUUGGGCUUCCAUUAUACUCCAUAAGCUACAUGGAGGGCCAGAAAUCAGCCUUCUCUGAAAUUUUACAAAUGCUCUGCCAAUUAGGGUGAAUGUUGGUUUAUCUUUGGCUGUACAGUUUGCUGAUCAAAAGAUCCUAUAAUCCUCCUUCUGUCAGCAAGCUGAUACUGAUCUUAGCGGUCCACCAAUCAUAUGGUGCCCCGAUCUAGCAGACUACCGUUUCUCCAGUCCCUGCUCACUCCUUUGGCCUCCGACCCUGACCGCUGUUAACGUGCUCCUUUUUCAUUACGUCACCGACACCAAUUCCUCUAAUUUUCACCUCCCCCUUCACAUUUUGGGGACAUGGUUACCGCAAUAAUAUUCAUAUAGGAAAAAAAAAAUAUGAAUAGUGCAAAUACCUCCUUCCAUAUAUAUAUAAUAAUUAUAUUCUUCCUUUUCCCAGUGUAGUUUAAAAUAAUUCCAGGUGUGCUGUCUUAAUUCAGUUAUUCACCCUCGUAUAGUCAAUCCAAACAAAUCUUUAAAGAAACAAUAGCAAGCGGUGUUCACAAAGACGGUGGUCACUGCCCGUUCCUUCAAAAAUAUUUAUUAGGCUUCUAAUGGGAAUUAAAUUGGACAUACAGUGAAAAGCGCAAACUCACAGGACAGAUCUUGGUAACGUACACAUUUUCGUGUUUUACAAGACUUAGCAAGUUCACCAGCUGGUUAAGCCAUUCUGUUUAAUCAACGUCCCAAAUACGACUCUUGUGUACAGAAGUACCUGAACCCUACCAACCCUGACAAGAAAGAGGCUGAUAAACUGUCCAGCAUUGUUUUUAUGAUUGUACGAUAGAUUUGCUUCUACGGAUUAUACCAACUGGAGGUUCUGUGUGUCCUCUCUCUGUUAAAAGAAUCUCAGAGUUUGGAAGGAUAUUUUAGCUAAGGGAUUUUGUAGAAGCUCCUCGUCUGCAGCAGGAGCGAGAUUCUCCUUUGUCUCAAAAAAGGAGGGGGCUUUGUAUCGACUACCGUCGUUUAGACAAGCUACAAAAUGUGUAUCCUAUUCCUGUGAUCACUGAACUUUUUGACAGAUUAAAGUGCUCUAGAGCAGGGCUUGACAAAUUUGUUUGGAAUCUAGGAGCCAGCUAAAAAAAAAAGUUAGGAGCCAGUCAUUUUCAAUGAGGAAAUGCAAUUUUUAAAGGGACAAUAUAGUCACCAGAAGCACUACAGCUUGAUGUAAUUGUUCUGGUGUCUAUAGCCUGUCUCUGCAGGCGUUUCAGUGUAAACACUGCCUUUUCUGUUAAAAGGCAGUGUUUACAUUGCUGCUUAGUAACACCUCUAGUGACAGUCACUCCGACAGCCACUAGAGAGUUCUGGGUCACUGCUGCAGCACCCAGGUUCAGUGUAUCCAAGCUUUGCAUGGAGCACUUAGUGUUCCUCAUAGAGAUUCAUUAAUUUAAUGCAUCUCUAUGAGGAGAUGCGGAUUGGUACAUUUGAUGCGCAUGCACAAAAUCCUCCCAAUGCUUUCCUAAGGGAAAACAUUGGCUUAGCUGAGAUCAUAAAGAUUGAUAAUUUCAGCCAUGGCAAAACUGGCACUGUGUAGGAAAAUGGGGGGAAACGGUGAGAAAAAAAAAACAGCUUCCUUGUGCGAUCGGUGGGGGCAGGUACCUAAACACGCGCACACACUCUGACAUGCUCACAUACACACACUCUGGACAGGCUCUCACACACUCUUACACUGACAACAGGCUUGCAUGCACACACUCUGACAGACUCGCACACACAAACUCUGACAGGCGCUCACACACACUCUUGACAGUCUCUCUCACACACACACACACUCACAGGUUCACACACACUUACAUUUUUGUUUUAAUUGAAGCCCACUCAGCCUCCUUACAUUUGGGAGAUUUAAGUUGUUCUUUCCUGGGGUCCAGUGGGGCUGCUCUCUUCCUGUGUGUGAAGGAGCAGUACUGUGCCUGUAGCUCCUUUCUGCUCCCUUGCGCUCUGUAACGAUGCCGGGGCCGGAAUGACGUCAUAUUCCAGCUCCUGGCAUCAUUAGACAGCCCGAGAGAGCAGAGUACUGCUCCCUCGUGCGUUGCUCACAAUGGUCGCCCGGGCGGCCAGCCGCCUCUGUACUCCUCAGGGCGGCAAACUGCCUCGGCCGCCUCCAAUAUUCCCCGUGAUGGCCGCAGUCAAAGCUUCCUCAGCGGCCACACUAACUAGAGAACUGGCAAAUCUCAGGCGCCAGGGCGAAAUUUUUAGUCGCCGUGCUGGCACCUGGGAUUUGUUGAGCCCUGUAUUCUAGAGUGUUUACUAAAUUUGAUCCACGUGCAAUUUAAUAAGGAUCAGAGAAGGAGAUUAAGUCCUUUCAGACUAGAUAUUGGCAUUGCGAGUGCACUGUCAUGCCAUUAGAAAUCUGUAAUGCACCAACCAUCUUCCAGUGUCUGAUAAAUUAUGUAUUGAGAGACUAUUUACAUGCAUUCGUUACAGUCUGUUUAGAUGAUAUUCUGAUAUUUUCCUCUGAACUAAAGACUCAUCACAAACAAGUGAGAUUGGUUUUACAAAAGCGGUUAGAAAUUGAUUAUGCUGUAAUUAUGAAAAAUGUCUCUUUGACCAAAAACCGGUGAAUUUCUUGAGGUAUAUGUAUUUUGGAAUCUGGAUUCCAAAUGGAUCCAAAGAAGCUAGAAGCCAUAAGUAAAUGGCUCGUACCUAAAGGAAUUAAAAGCCAUACAGAGAUUCCUAGGUUUUUCAAAUAAUUACAGGAGGUUUAUUAGGGGGUUUCCUCCAUCCUUGCUGACCAUAAUAGGAAAAGAGAAUCGGAUAUGGACUCCUGAAGCUCUGGCUGCUUUUGGCACCUUAAGGCUGAUUUUGUUUCAGGUCCCAUCUUGAUUCAUCCCGAUAUUUCCCUUCCUUUUCUUGUGGACGUAGAUGCUUCUGAAACUGGAUUUGGAGCAAUACUCUCUCAGCGUGUCUCUUGAUCCGCUACUCCAUCUCUGUGGAAAUAGUCUAAAACGAAUUACAAGAUCGUUGAGUUAUUAGCCAUCGUCAUGUCUUGAGGGCUCAUCCACAAGUGUUACUAUACGAACAGAUCGUUAAAACAUAUCAUAUUGGAGAAACUAAAAGCUUAAUUGCCAGACAAGCAUAUUGGUCUUUGUUCUUCAUGCUUUAACUUUGUACUUGCUUAUAGGCCAGACACAAAGAAUGUGAAAGCGGACACUUUAUCUCGUACAUUUGAAACCCUUUUACCAACUAAAGUAGAAUUUUCACAGACGAUUCCAUAGAGAAUAUAUUGUUACUACCACUAACAUUAUUAUUUGUUCUAAAAUACUACACAAUUUGACUACCGUGGUCUAAAAUAAGGGAAAAAACAAAAGGAGAUUCUGAGGCAAACUCCUGAACAAAAUAAAUUUGAACUUACACCAUGACAAAAAUGAUUGCUGGUCACCCAGAAAUGAAUAAGAUGCAUUUCUCAUGGCCUUGUUUCAAACAGGUUUCUAAAAUAAUACAUACAUGCCUGUAUUGCACGUGUUUAAUCAAAAAUCCCUCACACUUUUCCAUAUGGUCUACUACAACCACUAGAUAUUCCCAUGAAACCAUGUUCCAGUAUGUCGAUUUACUUCAUAGCAGAGCUGACCAAAUCUGGUAUCAAAGCUGUAAUAUUAACCAUUGUAGACAGAUUUUCUAAAAUGGCCGAUUUGGUAUUCUUAGCUUAAACUACUACCCUCUUCCUUGGAAUUAGCAGACAUAUUUACUACAGAAAUGUUCCGUUUACACUGAAUACCCAAUGAAAUUGUAUCUGACACAUGUCCUCAAUUCAUAUCUCGUUUCUGAAAAGUUUACUACCCAGCUAGAUGUUAAACUAUGCCUCAGUUCUGAAUUUUAUCCACAAUCAAACGGUACUGCUGAAAGAACCAAUCACGCAUUGCAACAAUACUUGAGGUGUUUUGUUUCUAGUAAUCAACAAUUAGGUGGUUCUGCUUCCUUGGGCUGAAUAUGCUCACAACAGCAAUCAACGAGAAACCCCUCGACAGUUCUUUUUACCUCAAUUAUGGUUUUCAUCCCCCCAUUCUCCCGGUAUCCUUCCCCCUCACAGGGAAUGCCUGCUAAUUGGCAUAGACAAGCGGUUCCUAACUUUCAGUUUAGUGAUGGCGUUUGGCUUAGUAACAAAAACCAUUAGAUUGAAGGUUCCAACGAUAAAAAUUGCUCCAAAAUAUAUUGCUCUCUAUAGGGUCUUGAGACGACUGAAUCCUGUUUCGUAUAAAUUAUAAUUACCUUCUGCUUUACUAUUCCACAAUUCCUUUCAGUCUCUUUAUUGAAGCCUCUCGGGUGUAAUAAAUUCACUAGGCAGUCCAUCGUUCCGUCUACUUUUGUAGUGGAGGGUCAAGAAGAAUUUGAGGUCCAGUCCAUUUUGUAUUCUCGAGUAUCUAAUGAUAGACUUCAUUGUCUGGUGCAUUGCAAGAGUUACAGCCCUGAAGAGCAGUCUUGGGUUGGUGUCAUUGAUCAACACGCCCUUUCUUUCGCUCUCUUCCUUCCAUGUUUGUUUUCCUAAUUGUCAAGGUGGUUCCUGCCCGAUGGGCUGUUCUGGAAGGGAGGGCAAUGUCAGCAAGCCAAUACUUACUUUGGGGGUCCGCCGAUCACAUGGCUCCCUAAUCCGGUGAACCACCGUUCCUCCUGUCCCUACUCACUCCUUUGGCCUCUCUGACACUGGCAGCUGCGCUCACACUUCUUAUUAUAAUUUCCCCAGUGGCACUUUGCAUCAUACCUUAAUUGCGAUUAAUUUCUUACGGUGUCCAGGGGGUUCCUUUUUAAAAAAAUAAAAUAAAUGCAAAAUAUAAAAAUAGAUAUGUACCUGAAAGAGUCUUCAGAAUGCACUAAUUAACUGAGGAAUGAAAGGUUCAACCCCGUCUGCAAGCCCGCACCCGAUUGCUCUGCCCCUUCAUUUCUGCUUCAAUCAGGAAGCCUCUGACUGGGCUAUUAAUACGCUUCCUAGAGAGUAAAAAAUAUUUGUACGUUUUUCACUUAUCUCAAUGGGGAGCCACUGAUAGGCUCUCUAGUGACCAAUCUGAGGAUUUCUGAUGCUUACCAAUUUCAGACUAUUAUAGUUUUUAAUAUUCUUCUUGAAUCAAAAGCAGCUAUUGUAUUCCAUUUAUUCAGGUUAAUUUCAUUUCUAUUUGCAAUAUUAGAUCUAUUGAAUUGAGGUCCUUUAAAUGGAACGUCACUCUUAAUCUGUGUACAGUAUAAUGUGUGUGUGUGUGUGUAUGUAUAUUUGCAAAAGUGGAUUUUGAUACCAUGUUGGUUGGUGGAUUACAGAGUGUAACCAUUAACUAAAAAUGUUAUGAUCAGUUGUCAUUUUAAUGUACACAUUUAUGUAGUUUCUGUAUUUUAAAUGUGACUAGGUAUGCUUAGAUCACAUUUAUAACUCUUUCCACAAUGGCAUUUUUGUAUUUAAAUGUUAUGCUUUUAAGUUAGACAUUGAAAUGCUUAUGUCCCUGGUACUUUCAACAAAAUGUUUGCGAGUGUAUUUGUCUUUUUUUUUUUUUUAAUUAUUAUUUAUUUACAUCAGGGCUCGACAAAUCCCAGGUCGCCAUGGCGACUAGGAUUUUUGUCCUGGCACCUGGUUGUUUGCCAAGGGAUCGUGGAGCCGGCCUGCCAUGGGAGCGUGGAGCUGGGUGGCAAGGGAGCAGAAAUCUUCCUGCAGUUCUUGCUCUGCUCCCUCGCAUGCUCUGCUGUGAUGCCAGGAGCCGAAACAUGACAUCACUCCGGCCCCGGCAUCACUAAGCCGCGUGCGAUGGAGAAGAGCUUGAAGAUUACACAAGCCAUAAAGAACCCCAAGGAAAGGAUUCACUCCAGCUCUCCCAAAGGUAGGGAGGCUGGAUGGACAUAAACGAAAUAAAAAAAUAUUUUAAAAAUGUGAGUGUGUGUCAGUUUGAGAGUGUAUCUAUCUGUAUGUGUGUGUGUCUAUUUAGGUUACUGGCCCACUCCGAUCACAUAAGAGAGGUGUUUUUACUCACCUUUUUUUUCCUAUGCCAUGCCUGUCUAGCUGUGGCUGAAAUAAUCAAUCUUGAAGAUCUGUGCGACAAAAUGCAGUGCCAAUCAGCAUCUCUAUGGGGAUCAUUCAGCGCCUCCAUGCAGAGGGUGGUGCAACUGUGCAGUACUGGACAUCUGUACUGGAAUCACCUAUAGUAGCCGUCUGAGUGACUGUCACUAGAGGUAGUAUUAGGCAGCAAUGUAAACCCUGCCUGCAGGGACAUGAUAUAGCCAUCAGAACCCCUACAUGAAGCUGUAGUGGAUCUGGUGACUAUAGGGUCCCUGUAAGAAUUGUAAUUUUGUUGUAGAAAAAAAAAUGGUUCCUAACUUUUUUAGCUGGCUAAUAGAUUCAAAGCAAAUUUGUCAAGCCGUGAUUUACAUACGUGAUAUUUUAUUUUUCAUGCAAUAUAUUCAACACGCCAACUUGUUUUUGACACAUUGUACAGCACCUGGGCACCUGUUUGUGCAUGCAAUAUUAAAUAUAAGGGGGAUUUUUUUUGUUUUGUGUUUCUUCAGGUCCAGGUCGGAGCUGUCUCAUUUAAAAUGGAACGUGAGAAGCACGGGUCAAUGAAUGGGGUAAGUGCUAUGUGUCCUCUAUUUGUGGAGCUCCGAACGGGUUAAGUGUAUAUGGUAAUGCUGAGCAAGAUGGUCACAAUAUCUCUGCAAUGUAGUCUGUCUAUUUCUUCUGCAGAUCAGCUGCCAGUCUGCUUCCACCGAAAUCAUGAUUGGUAUUAAGAGGGGAAGAGGAAGACCUCGGAAAAUAGAACUGGAGCCAAAACCAGAGGUGGUGAUGGGGAUAGAUUGGAGACACUGUGCGAAUGUGACAGAGACAUCAUGAAACCUGUUGGACUGACAUUAUGGGAACUUUUUUGAAGUCAGUGGACUUGCAUAGUGCGUGCUGUGACAAAUCUGUUGGGCAGAUGGGAGACAUAGUAUCUACUGUGACAGAACCUAUUGGGCAGUUGAUGGCUAGAUCUUGUAGUAUGGAGACAAAAAGAAGCAGAUUAAAAAGUUUGAAGGUAGUGCAGGAAAGGGAAAGCAACUGUGAAAGGAUUCUUGUGGUCGAGGUAACAUACAGUGUUUUUUGUAAUACGUCUAAUUCUUGGUUCACAGAUCCCAAAAAGGCCAAGGGGCAGACCCAAGAAAAUACAGAAGGUUGAUGAAGAUGUUGAAGAGGUCAGUCACUCUCUCCACGUUCUCUCUCUUCACUUCUUUUGUUUCUUUUUAUCACUCAAUCUGUUCCACCCCGAGUCCUGUUUCUCUUGCACCCUGUUAGAGUAUUUUCUCGUUGCCCCUUUCUAGCCUGUCCCAGAAUACACUGAUAUCAGUCCUGAGAUGCUGAAGUCUGAAUAUGGCCAUCAGAAUGAAGUUGAUCCUUUUCAACCAAAAUUGCAUCGACAAAAUGUGCAUCCAGGCGAACUUGAAGCUAGCACACUAAAUGCAGGACCAAUGCAGGUGCAUAUACUGUGACUGUACUAGUGUUGAGUGCCACCUCACUACUCAUGAUCUCAUUUAGAUUGUAAGCUCAUGUGCCAUGAUAUGCUGUGCUAAAUUUCAGGUUCUUGGGCAGUGAUCACCGUUUUAUACUGUUUUGUCCAGAUGGAUAUCGUAUCGUCUUAAAGGCCUAUCUAUUAGUUCUAUAUUUGUACUGCGCUGCAGAAAAUGUUGGUGCUUUAUAAACAAAAAGUAAUAAUGUACGGAGGGUAGAAGAUGUACUGUACAUAAAAGACACAAUACAAACAUCUAAAGGGGACGGGAAUUGUGUCUGAAGUGACUACUAGUAACGAAAUUAAUGUGAUCUCGAUUACAUUUACAGACUCCUGGUAGUUUUGUUGGGUUAUCAGUAAAUAUAUAUAGAGUAUAAACUUAUUUUAGGAUAUUCGUUAUAGGACUAUGUCCCUAAUUUCCCAGAAGCCUUAUCAGCAAGGUGACGGUAUGAUUCAAUAACUCACUGGUGACGACCUGCUGGCAUUGUACACAGACACAAGGGUUAACUAGUGGAAAUGAUUGCAUGGUUUAUUCUCCAUGCGAACAUAUAGAAACACAGCAUUUACCAGCAUAGGAUACUGUAUUUGACAAUAUGAUAACCAGCAGAUAUCUGGUAAUAAGGUGCACAGUCCUAUAACCAGCCCCUGGCAUGGCAAACCUUUGCUACUUUCAGGCAACCCUCUGUUAGUAAGGAGAGUUCUAGAUAUCUAUUUUUUUGUUUAAGCUACAGAUAUGUUUAUUUCUUAUGCGCAAUUCUGAAUGGAAUGUAUGCUACUUUGUUUAAAUAUCAGUGUUGUGCCUGCUAGUGUUCCUCUUUGUAAUACUUUUUUGACUUUACAGAUCACGCACGAAAUCCACCCACCAGGAGUCUCUCAUGAGAGAGGCUGGGCAAGGGAGGCAUUGGUAGAAAAUGAGCUCCUCCCACCAGACAGAGAAACGCAUGGCUCGCAAUAUCCAGGCUGGGAAGCACAACCCGACCCGUCACAUGUGAGCUGGGUUCCUGGAGGUAAGAGCUCAAUAGGGACGUGCUCUGUGUUUGUAAAAUUGGGAAAAAUCAUUUGGAGCAAAAUCUGCAUCUUUGAAAUUCAGAAAACCAUGUUCAAAUUUGUCCUGAGCUGAAAGCUUUCUAAAUAAAGUCAGAAAGAGUGCAGACUGUUUGGGAACAGUGCCCCAUCAAUACCCAGAUCAGCCUCUGUAAAGGAAAGCUAUAUGAAAGUAGAUGGUGUAUAUUUAUAAUAAUAUCUACAAGGAGUGAGUGUAAUAUGUAAACUCCUGUAGAAAGGAAGUUCAGCAUGGCUGUCUGAACUUUUCUCAAUGAGGUUGCCUAUUCCUGUCUUUUUAACACCUUCCUCCCAUAAUCACCUGAUCUUUCUGCAUUCUCAUAACAUAACAGGAUUUGCAGAUCACAGGAUGUGAUAUCGGCAAAGCAUUCUAUCCCUUCCAUCUGCUGGUAAAUCUGAUCUUUGGCACAGUUUUAGUAAAGAUGAAAGUCAGAGUUAGGUGUUUUCUUUUUCCACAAUCACCUUUAAUUAUUUUCCCUCAAAUUUAAAACCUAUAAAAGCAAUUUAAAUAGAGUUUGCAUAUGUAAACUCAGGCUUAUAAUCUUGGCAUUUUCCAUGGAAAACCAAAAAACUGGACCGGACUAAAUUGUUUUAAUUAAUAUUUAUAGUGUUCCAUUAAAUGCCAUAGCACUGAUCACUGGCUAUAUAAAACCUACAUUUUAACAAAUUCAGAUAAACAGAAAGAAGUGGUGGAGGUUGCUUCUACGUGUUUCUCGUUUUUUAGUUUGUAAAAUGUAUACAAGAAGGUUGUUGUUAUACAUGAUGUUUAUAAGGUUCUUUGUUUACUGCAGGGGUCAUUGACUCAGACAACAAUACAGUGACACAUUGGGUUGUUGAAGAAUCCCAAGCCCCCCGUCCUCCUAUUUAUACAGAAGGAACCUCCUUAGACCAGAAUGAGUAUCGAGAGGACCUUCUCCGUGGUCUAGCAGAUUUCAGGUACCAGCUGACAAGGGAACUAGCAGCAGCAAGAGGGGAGAUGCGGGAAGGGGCUGAGCUCGUGAGGUCAGCCAUUGAUGGUGUGUCUGCUGAGAUCAGACGGCUUGGGCUCCUUUUACAGCCUCUUAUCACGGUCCUGACAUCUGGAAAUAUACUGCAACCCCAGCAGAACUCAACCCCUCUUAACACUCUACUUCGUCAUCAACAAGACACACCCCCUGAUGACCCUCCAAAUGUAUCCCAGCACCUCCCACAUUUUACCAACCCCAGUGGUCUCUCUCAACAGGGUUCAUUCCCUGUUGAGACCAUGUUUCACACACAGAGUGAUACAUCCUCCCAAAACAUGCCAGGUCUCCAUCAGCGCACUGCCAACCCUACCAGAUCAACACCACAGCAGGACUUGCCAUGUUCCCAAACUCAGAACGAUUUGAAGGAAUUAACCCCUGUGUUGGAUUGCUCACCACCUAUUAACAAACUGGCUAAAGACACAUCCCAUGGCAACACACUGAAUCUUCCUAAGCAGAUCGCAAUGCCAACCGCAUCACCAAGCCCACCAAAACAUGACCUUUCACUUUCUCAGUCUCCAGACCAUGAUCCAGAAGCCAAAAACCCAGUUUUGGAUUGUCCAACAAUUGACAACAAUCUUUGCUUGACUCAGGAUACAGCUCCUGCAUUAUUGGUUGUUCCAACUGCAAUGACUUCUGUUUUUGAAUGUCCAACAGCUGUAUCACGACCUUCAUCAAUCAGCUCUCCUGUGCUAGCAGAGGACACAGAAACUUCCUUCCCUGAAAUCCCUACAGUAGAAAACUUCAACAUGGUGUCACAGUCCUCUGAAAUUAUGUCAGAUAACUCAGUGCUUUCACAGUCUGCAGCCACGUUGUCACAAGACAGUAUACAAAUUUCACAAGUCUCUACCAUGAUGUCAGAGGACUCUGCUGUUACGUUGCAACCUCCACCCACAUCACCGCGUGCAGGUACAGCGCCGCUGCAGACUGAGAGAGAUGUGGCGCUAAUGAUAUUGCAAGACUCUGAGUCCCCAGUGUCAUUGACUGAAUUUCCGACUAUAAAGUCAUCAGACACUGGAUACCUCCCAUGUUAG